AUGGAUGCAAAGCUUAACAGUCUACGCCAGCAGUUGCAGGAAGAUUUACAUCUAGCUAUACUAAAGGUAUCUAAAACAUUUAAAGAAGACAUUGAUAGACUUGAAAAACGAGUCGUCACCUGGGAAGAACACAUCAAGGACCUAGAGCAGGGUAUAGCGGUUGCGUCAUCUGGUCCGGACGCGUCUCUGAAACAUGAAACUAGCGAGCUUCGGCUAGAACUGCAGAAACUAAGUACUAAGUUCGAUGACCUCGAUCAAGCCUCACGCAGCUGCAAUAUAGAAGUACAGAACAUACCUGAAAAAAAGACUGAAAACCUAAUCCACCUCUCUAUGGAGAUUGGCAAGCUCAUUGGUGUUGAUAUCAAGGAAAGUGACAUCCGAUCUGUUCACCGUGUGGCUCCUGGGCUGCAGCGCGUGCGCGCCGUUCUUUAUCUACAGCCCAACUCCUUGGUUCCCCUAACAGUGCCGCCGCCGCAGCACAAAGCACGCGCUUCUAUA